AUGGAGGAACUAACCAAAGAAGCAGAGGCUAAAUUGCAGAUGUUGCGGUACACUAAUGGAAAAACACCUGGGAUUGUGGAAAAGGGAAACCUAGGAGCGGUCGCGCGACAUCGUGACAACUUACAAGCAUUAGUAAAAGAAGUAGACGCGCUUAAACUAAGGGUUGAGCAGACCGUGUUCGAGGCCGGUGUCACAGCGGAUUUGGACCGGGGGAAUCCAAAUCCGCUAGCGGAUAUGGACCCUCCUUCGCAGAUUUGGACCCCCCUACCAAACUUUCCUUUUAAGCUUUUUUGUCGAUGUUCUUUUCAAUCACAACACAACAUUUCCUCAAUAAAGGCAAAAAAACAACAACAACAGCCAUUUCGUUCCAAUUCUACCGCAUUCAUUAUAGCGAGUCGUACAGUAUACGCAAGUAUUAGAUGUGAACAAACUACUGCAUUCGAACUAUUGAAAUUAUUACAAUAAAUCUUUGCUUCUUCUGAUGCGAAUCAACAUUGGUACGAAACGUCAUAACAAUAGUGGAGACUAUUGCGUCCAGUCACAAAAAUAACUUAGUCUGAUUUUCUAAAAUAAUAAUAUUAAACAGUUUUUGAACAGGAACGAAGAAACUACUCGUAUCACAAGUCGUUCGUAAAGCCUAUGAGAAGUAAAAAUGUUUCUAUUCUGAACUUUUGAAACUCUCAGCUUAUUCUCAGAUGCAAAGUUAAUGUCAACGUCUUAACAAAAGUGGAGACUACUAAAUCGAACUCAAUCUUAUUUUCUAAUUUUAACGAUUAUUAACUGUUGAGGGAUCCAAAAUAACACCUUAACAAUUACGAAGACGUCUAGAGUCUGGCAAUCUGCAGACAAUGCAGAGCCACUCGUCCUCCGAGGCAGUCUUAAAUCCCUCGCACUGUACCAUGUCGUCCCCAAACUCGGGCAUUGAACAAUGAAAAAAUAAAUUAGUGUCACAAGUUUGUUUCUCAUUGAAUCUAACGGUGUUCGACUAUCGCGGAAAAGGUUCAAAAACGACCUCUCUCCAAACAUUAAACUAAAUUCUUGCCCAUUUUCCCUUGGUCAAAAGAAACAUCCGACGGGAUGCCAGUUCGUAUGCAUUAACGAUACGCAUGUUUUGAAUUGAAAACAUACUUUAGUACGCUCUGGAACGUAAAGUAUCAUCCAUUUGUACUAGAACGUUAAGGAUGAUGUUUUCACUCAGUUUUGUUGAGGGGUCCAAAUCCGCGGGCGGAAUUGGACGGGGGGGUGCAAAUCUUGGGGGUCCAAAUCCGCUGGGACACCGGAAAAAGUGCAGAAGACGUUGGAAGUUGGAGCAGCAGCAUUGAAGAACCAAUCGCUGAAGCUGACGAAGAAGUUUCGCGACUGGAAAAAUGGCUCAUGGAGACGAAUGAAGAGAUCGAACAU